AUGAGAAAGCUGGACGUAUCUCACCCGGCCGCAACUAGUCCUUCACGUUUGAGGUCUCCGCGGAAUCCACCUCUACCUGGACCGAAGCCGCCGCCUGGUGGCUUCAAAGAAGUCGAAGUGCUCACCCCAAGACGCCUGUUGAAGAUUUACGCGCAGCUUGCCAAGUCACGCCUGACCUUCUUGGUCGUCUUGACCGCAAUGUCAGGGGUCGCUCUCUCCCCACUUCCUGCAACAGUCCCAAUUCUUCUCUCCACAGCUGUUGGCACGGCCCUGUGUUCAGCAUCGGCGAAUACUCUGAAUCAACUUCAGGAAAUACCUUAUGACGCCCAAAUGGCUCGCACCCGCCAAAGACCACUGGUCCGCAGAGCUAUUUCCCCUUUGCAUGCUGCUGGGUUUGCUGCUGUGACAGGGGUAGCAGGACCAGCAGUACUGUGGUUCAUGGCGAGCCCACUCGCAGCCUGUCUCGGCGCAGCGAACAUUGUACUCUAUGCAGUGGCGUACACUUGGUUGAAACGUAAAAGCGUAUCUAACACCUGGGUGGGCGCCGUCGUCGGUGGAAUCCCGCCUCUUAUGGGUUGGACAGCCUGCGGCGGACAACUUCUCCCGACUGAAGAUUAUCCGAUUCACCUUUUCCUUCCCUCGUUCCUUACAGAGGCACCACUGGACAUGUCCAUGAUCGAUAACCCCCUUGGCGCGUUCGCACUAUUCAUGCUUCUCUACAGUUGGCAAUUCCCUCACUUCAACUCGUUGUCGCAUUUUAUUCGAGGUUCCUACGCUCAAGCAGGUUAUAAGAUGCUUUGCGUGUUAAACCCGCAGAAGAAUGCUCUUGUGGCUCUCCGCCACUCCUUGCUCCUUGUCCCCAUUUGUUCGAUCAUGUUCCCACUGUCAGGAUUGACUACGUGGGCCUUUGCUGUCACAAGCUUAGUUCCAAAUGCAAUUUGCAUUCGUGGUUCCUGGAACUGGUGGCGCCGUUGUGGAGAAAAAGAAGCGAGGGUGACCUUUCAACACUACCUGUGGUAUCUGCCCGUGAUGCUGGCUCUGAUGAUGGUUCACAAGCAAGGGCUAGAUUGGAGGCGUUGGUGGCGGGAAACCUUCUGCCGCAUCAGACACAAGCUCCGGUUCCGCAAAUACAGUCGCCCGAUCAUAUGUUUCGCGGUCAUCAGGAGCGUUAAUCACCGUCUGUUGGAACUUGAUCCACUCUUGGUCAAGCUCUGGUUGAGCCACGCCAACAUUAUGUGA